GCACGGAAGAGACUGUCCUCCGCUCCUGCGGGCGAGAAAGACGGGUGCCACAGCCAUGCUACGCAGCCUGUUCCGGGCCACGGUCCCAGGGCUCAGGGUGCCCUGGGCUCAGUGGUCUAGGAAUUGGGCGGGGGUCCCAGCCCACGUGGUGGACCUACGCAGCGACACGGUGACCCGGCCAGGGCCGGCCAUGAGGCGCGCUAUGGCUGAAGCGGUUGUAGGAGACGAUGAUUACGGCGAAGACCCUACGGUCCACGAACUGCAGGAAAAGGCUGCAGAGAUGCUUGGGGUGGAGAGGACGAUGUUUGUGCCCACCAACACUAUGGCCAACCUCAUCUCUGUGAUGGGUCACUGCCGGCGCCGGGGUUCCCAGGUCCUCCUUGGGCAGGAAUGCCACCUCCACGUCUAUGAGCAGGGCGGGGUGGCACAGAUCGCUGGGGUGCAUUCCCACCCCCUCCCCGACCUGCCCCAUGGCACCUUGGACCUGAAUGAGCUAGAGAGGGCACUCACCCGGGGCUCUGGGAGUUCCUACCAUCCAGUCUGUGAGCUCGUGUGCCUGGAGAACACUCACAGCAGCGCGGGAGGCCGGGUCCUCCCGGUCGACUACCUCCGCCAGGUGUGCCUCCUGGCCCACGCCCACGGAGCAAGGGUCCACAUGGAUGGAGCUCGGUUGAUGAAUGCAGCAGUGGCUCUGCGCAUGCCCCCUGCCCGCCUUGUAGAGCACUGUGACUCUGUAUCCUUCUGUUUCUCUAAGGGCCUAGGUGCACCAGUGGGAGCUCUGGUUGGGGGAUCCAAGGACUUCAUUGGAGAAGCAUGGCGCCUCCGCAAGGCCCUGGGUGGAGGCAUGCGCCAGGCUGGAGUACUGGCUGCGGCUGCCCUGGUGGGACUAGCUGAGGCAGAGGAGGUGCUACCAAGGGACCACGGGAAUGCCCAGAGAUUCGCUAAAGGACUCCAAGACCUGGCGUCACCCAUUUGCUCUGUGGAUCCUGACACCGUGGAGACCAACAUGGUGCUGGUGCAGGUGGCUGGGCUGCCUCCCUCGGAUCUGUGCCAGCGCCUGCAGGCUGUGAGUGCAGAGGAGGUGGCUCAGACUGGCCGUGCCGUGCGCGUGCUGCUGUUUCCCUGGACAGAACAGUCUGUGCGGGCCGUGUGGCACCGAGAUGUGUCUGCUCAGGACACGGAACUGGCGCUGAGGAAGUGGGAGUUUGUGCUGAGACAGUUGCGGCCCUGAGGCCAGGAGAUCCGGGACCCCGUGCUACGAUUGGAGUGGGCAGUGAGAUGCCUGAAGCCGUUAGCCUGGUGAAGGCUCACCCUCUCUGGAGGAUGGUGACAUCACUCCACCUCUGGUUUGCUCCAGUGACGCUCCUGGGAUGGCCUUACGCAGUCAGGAAUAACCAGGCAUAAGGUGGGGAAAGCUGUGACUGAAUAUCCAGAGAAGGAAGCACAUAGAGGAGGCAGGCCCUGGGGUUGGGAGGUGUAGCACGGUUGCCUAGUGUGCAUAAGCCCAGGGCUCCAUCCUCAGCACUGUGGGUUCGAGCCCCAGCAGCUCACAGCUCACAACUGUAACCCUACUAUGCUAGGGGAUUAGAAGCUCAAGGCCACUCUCAGCUACUCAGAGAAUUUGAUGCAAGCCUGGGCUACAUGAGACCCUGUCUUCAAGAAAAUAGAUCCUGGGGGCUGG